AUGCCCGGCUAUGUGUGGCCGGCACGGUGGGCCACAGGUGCUGAACGGCGCAAGAAGGUCGAGUUCGACAACCGCCAGACGGUGGAGGUGAAGAUGGCCGGCGAGUACAUGUCCUUCUCGGCGCACGCCGACGCCAAAGGCAUCAUGCAGCUCAUCACCUACUGCCAGCCCAAGAACGUGCUGCUCGUGCACGGCGACGCCGAGAAGAUGGUCUUCCUCAAGUCCAAGAUCGAGCAGGAGCUGUCGCUGGCCUGCUACAAGCCGGCCAACGGUGAGACCUGCACGAUCGUGACGCAGCCGACGAUCGCGGCGGACGUGUCGCUGCCGCUGCUGAAGCGGGACCUGCAGCCGACGGCCGAGCUCGGCGACCUCACGGUCAAGCGGCGCCGCCUGCUGCACGGCGUGCUCGUCGUCAAGGGCAGCAAGGUGCGCGUGCUGGAGAGCGAGGCGGCCUGUACGGAGCUGGGCAUCACGCGCCACGAGGUGCGCUUCACCUCCACGGUCACGCUGCAAGACCCAGGCGCCGUCUCCAAGACCAUCGACAAGCUGCACACCCACCUGCAGAGACGUCUGGGCAUCACACAGCACCUGGGCGACGGACCCAUCAGCAUCGGCUCCGUGCUGCUGCAAGGUGACGAGGCACUGGGCAGCUACAUCCUGAGCAGCAUCAAGAACAUUGACCGGUGA